AUGGAAAUGUUACGUGAAAUGAAACCAACUAGGAACUUGAUAGAUUUGUACGAAGAAGACAUAUUUUAUAAUCAUGAAAAGGAAAUAUCAACAUUUCCCAACAUGAUUCAUGUUCAUCCAGUACAUCGGUUCAAUGGGACUUUGGCCUUAACUAACUUCCGAAUAAUAUUUGUCUCUAAACUAAAUGAGGGUAUACACAAAUUUGAGAUUCCCCUUGGACUCGUUGGAAAUGUAGAAAUUUCGUCGCAUUCAUCCGACCUUUCUUCUGAAGCUGUCACUGUCUUUAUUGAUUGCAAAGACACUAGCUCGUUCAAAUUCAUUUCUCAGCCAAAAACGAAUUCAGGUCGGGAGUUUUACGAGCUUGUAAACAAACUGGCCUUUCCUCUUGUCAACGAUACGAUUAGUCUGUGGGCUUUCUACUUGGACGACAAAUACUCGUUUAAUGGGUGGGAAGUGUAUGUUCCUGCCAGAGAAUUGGGCAGACUCGGAAUUCCAAAUGACAUUUGGCUCCCGGUUGAGAUCUCCGACUCCAAGUUGAAAAGUUCCGCAAAAUUCCGUACAUGCGGGUGUUUUCCCACACUUUCUUGGAUCCACCCACGUACACAGGCGACCAUAUCGCGGAGUGGACAACCUCAGAUGGGCCCAUCAGGGCAAAGGUGUGUGGAGGAUGAGGAAACGAUGCAAGCUAUCCUCGACGCCAACACUCAAUCGCACUACAUACAUAUCUUCGACGCCCGCUCACAGAACACGGCAUCAGCUCAAACAGCGAAGGGUGGAGGAUUCGAGAGUCCCGAAUAUUAUCCUAGUUGCCAGUUGUCAUUUUUGAGCACUCCCAACAUACAUCUGGUCAGAGAAAGCUUCAAAAAACUAAAGACUGCCUUAUCUCCACCACUUGAGGAGUGCUCGUUUCUUUCUCGGCUGGACAAAUCUCAGUGGCUUUCCUACGUCUCACAAUUCUUGGAAGGAGCUCUUAAACUUGCGAUGGUUGUAGAGCACAGUCGUCAGUCAGUGGUUGUUCACAGUUCGGACAGUGGUGAUCGCAAUCCUCUUUUAACAUCUCUUGCAAUGCUCAUGUUGGAUCCAUUUUAUCGCACUCUUCACGGAUUUGAAGUGCUGAUUGAAAAGGAGUGGCUCUAUUUCGGCUCAAAUUUUGCAGUUCGUCAUGGACAUGGGAUGCCAGUUUAUUCAGAUUCACGGAGAUCUUAUAAUUUUGUACUGUUUAUGGACUGUGUAUGGCAAAUACUUUGCCAGUUCCCCAAUGUGUUUCAGUUCAAUGAAACUUUUCUGUUGGACAUCACUAAGCACAGCUUUUCAGCACACUUUGGUACGUUUAUCUUCAAUUCUGAAUCGGCCAUGGUUUUCGCGGAAGCCAAGAUUCGGACAGUUUCACUCUGGUCGUACUUUAACUCCCGUCUGGAUAGUUAUCGAAAUCCUCUUUAUUUGGACGAAUGUUGUCCCACAGUCAUAUUUCCCACUGUUUCUUCCAUAAAACUUAAGUUCUGGAGGAAUAUGUACCUCAAGAAUAAUAUGGCACUGCUGUACACAAACGAAAUGCUUGCUGUGAGGAACAAGGAGCUGCUUGAAUUCGAAUUAUCCAUCGCUGGUCAAGGCUAG